AUGUCAGAUCGUUCAAAGACUGUCAUUGGACGCUGGUUUACAGACCAGCGCCCCUCGACACCGGCCACCACUCCUCCUGCUUGGCCCAACUUUAGUACAGAGGCUGGUUUCAUUGCUAAUCCUCAACUUACUCCAUCCUUUACAUUAACAAACCAUGUUUGGAAUGAUACAACUCAAUCUUCUAUUGGAGAUUCGUUGUUGGAAAAAGAUCAGAAUCAUUUUGUGAUAAAGCAUUGUUUAAACAGCUCAUUAACUUCUUUAUCUGCUUCACCAGAUCAUAAUCAUGUAGUUGUAGCAGGCCGAGAAGUUCUUAAAGUUCUGAGCGUUUCUGAACGAGAAAUUACUGAAGAAAUAAGUCUCAAGAAUAGACAUAAUAAAUAUAGCAGCAAUGAUGUAAAGUGGGGCAAUGUCUGUAAGUUUAAUGGAAUUAAGAAUAAUUGUACUGGUUGCUUUUCAGCCACAAAAAAUAAAAUCGCGACGGCAGCAACUAAUGGAUCAAUUAUCAUUUGGGAUAUAGGGAAUGGUCGUGCCAAAAUAGAUCGGAGAAUAAACGAACAUUCACGUGCGGUAAAUAGGAUCUGCUUUAAUCCUGCGAAUGGAUUAAUACUUUUAAGCGCGUCUCAAGAUUAUACUAUGAAAUUAUGGGACCUGAGAGAACCAGAACCCGCAAAGUUUACUUUUGAAGGCAAAUGUGAAAGCGUUCGUGAUGUUCAAUUUAACUCAAUAAAUACAAAUGAUUUUGCUGCUGCUUUUGAAAAUGGAACCAUCCAGAAAUGGGAUAUAAGAAAACCGAUUAUACAUGAAAGAAAAUUGAAUGCACAUAUAGGUUCAGUUCUUGCCGUAGAUUGGCAUUCUGACGGAAGAACUAUUGCUAGCGGUGGGCGCGAUAAAUCAAUUAAAAUAUGGGAUAUGAACUCGGAUAGUAGGAGACCAAGGGACGCUAUUCAAAGCAUGACAAGUAUAUCUCGCGUUCAAUGGCGACCUAAUCAUCCUAAUGAAAUUGCUUCAUGCGCGUUAUUAAGUGAUAAUAGAAUUUUUGUAUGGAACAUAAAGAGACCUUUUAUUGCUAGUUAUUGCUUCGAAGAGCAUGAUGACGUGCCAACGGGAUUUUUAUGGCAUGAUUCUGAGGUUUUAUGGUCUUGUUCAAAGGAUAAAUUUUUUAUUCAACAAGACAUGAAAGAUUCUUAUCGCCCAUUGAAUAUGCUUAGCAAAUGUAGUAUUGGAUGGAGUGCAUAUGACAAGAUUGCAUUUGCUAUUGAAAAACCAAAUGAUUCGGAAGACCAAUCUAGGUCAAUAUCAUCUCCAAGCAAUCAAUUUAGGAUUAUGCAAAGGAGAAUAUCUCCUAUUAUCAUUGAAACUCGUAACGAAUUACAGCAAAAAACUGGUAUUGCCUCUCUUCCCACUUUCGAUUACAAAUCCUUUUCAUACCUUGCUGAAAAUUACAUAAUUUCAAGUCUUGAUAUUGUAUCCGCAUGUGAACAUAAUGCCAAGAUUGCAUGGGAUGUUCAAAGAUUUAGAACUGCACAAACCUGGAAAAUAAUACAGCUUUUAUAUGGAAAUUUGGAACCUAUGAACAAAUCAGGGUCUACUCAUGAUGUUACUGAUGAAAAUUUGUUAAAAGAGUCAUUUCUCACUAAUCCUUCAGUGGAAACAAAAUCAUUAAAAGAUUUAAAUAAAGAUUUAAAUACUGUAACGGAAAAACCCAACGAGACUCUGGUUGAAGAUGAAGAUUCAUUAUUUGAAUCUGAUGGAGAAGAGGAGGAAAAUCGGGUGAAAGAAUCUGAUAAUGAAGAUGUUCAAAAAUCUCCACGUAAUUCUAUUAAAAUGACAAGUCGUACUGUUCAGACAACAUAUAAUUCAACAUUAUAUCGGAACUGGGAUAAAGAACCAAUGAUAGCACAAUUAUUAGACUAUUACGCAGAACAGAUGUGUGUCACUUUGGUUUUAGUACUUGGUGAUAGGAUUAAAAUAAACCAGGAGAGAUUAGAACAAUGGUUUUUUUCUUAUAUUGAAUUGCUACAUAGAUUUCAACUCUGGUGUGGAGCUACACAUAUCAUUUCAUCUAGCAAAAUUUCUUCAGUUGAGAUGAUGAAUCAGCAAUCCACAACAAUAUAUACGACGUGUAACAACUGUUUCAGACCAAUGCUUAACUAUAGAAGUGGAUAUUGGAUAUGUGAAAAAUGUCGGAAGAUGCUAAAUCCCUGUUCAAUAUGUCAUAAUACAGUGAAAGGAUUAUAUACUUGGUGUCAAGGUUGCAGCCAUGGAGGACACCUUAUCCAUAUGCAAGAAUGGUUUUUGGUAAAUAAUGAAUGUCCAACUGGAUGUGGACAUAAAUGUUCUACAAAAUUUUUUUAUACUUGA